CACAUGGCUCCCCACAUGGUCUGCCUGCGGAUGCUGAUGCUGCGGCUGUGAUGCCGCACGCCCACCCUUAUACACCGUCAGCCAUUCGCACCAUCCACAGCGAGAGAAGACCGGACACCAACCGCAGCGUAAAUGAGGGAUCGAAGCGAGAACAUUAGCUGGAUCUCGUCACGCUUUUGCGCUCGAGAUGCGUGAAGCUCGUGGAGAUCAGUUGCGAGGGAACCGAGGGAACACUCCGUGCCAGAUGGACUUUUUAAAGCCGCAAACCGCAGUUGUACCCUGGUAAAAUGGAGGACGGUUUUGAUUGCGACUGUGGCGAGCUUGAGCCACCUGAUCAUUGAGGGGGAAACAUUACUUUGAAGACUCACAGGCCAGAAUCCUUUUCAGUUUUACAGGUGACUUGACUUACGUUUGAAUUACAGACAGAUACAUAAUUAUAAUCAACAACAAACGCAUGUAGCUGCUCAGGGCCAGUCAAACACUGAAUGCACCGGCACUGUAAGGAUGCAACUACAUACUUUUAUAGUUUACUAUAGUCUGAGUGCUUUUUAAUUGGCCUUAAAAAUCAUUCCAUUGCAGUAUAUGCUCAUUAGUUUAUUGAAACCAUUCUGUUUAAGAUACCCAAACUAGUUUUGUAUUAUUAUUAUUAUUAUUAUUAUUAUUAUUAUUAUUUUUCUCCCAUUACUCAAGAUGGAACAAAAGUUUGCCCACACAUCUUUCCCCCAAAUCCGACAGUGACAGGUAGGGAGGGGGACUCAGUAGUCAUCCAUACAGGGGUCAGAUAGCUCAGCCGCUGAAGCAGUGGAGGGAUUUACAUGUUAAUUACCCCGUCGGUGUUAAUCUUGAACUAGAAAGGGGCCAAAGACCAACCCUUCAGAGUUUGCACAAUCUUGGUGUGAUAGCCGGAAGCAGUCGCCAUGGCGGAGAAGUUUGAGUCGCUGAUGAACAUCCACGGCUUUGACCUGGGUUCUCGCUACAUGGACUUGAAGCCUCUGGGCUACGGGGGGAACGGCCUGGUGUUCUCCGCGGUCGACACGGACUGUGACAAGCGUGUCGCUGUGAAGAAAAUUGUCUUGACGGACCCCCAGAGUGUGAAGCAUGCCCUGCGCGAAAUCAAGAUCAUUAGACGCCUCGACCACGACAACAUCGUGAAGGUGUUUGAGACGUUGGGCCCCAACGGACGGAGGCUGACGGAGGAUGUGGUGUCUCUGACAGAGGUCAACUCGGUCUACAUUGUGCAGGAGUACAUGGAGACAGACCUGUGUCAGCUGCUGGAGAGGGGCCUUCUGUCUGAGGACCAUGCCAGGCUGUUCAUGUACCAGUUCCUCAGGGGCCUCAAGUACAUCCACUCUGCCAACGUGCUGCACCGCGAUCUCAAGCCUGCCAACCUGUUUGUCAACACGGAGGACCUGGUCCUGAAGAUCGGGGACUUUGGUCUGGCCCGCAUUAUGGAUCCACACUAUUCUCAUAAGGGCCAUCUCUCUGAAGGUCUGGUCACAAAGUGGUACAGGUCUCCUCGCCUGCUGCUGUCUCCUAACAACUACACCAAAGCCAUCGACAUGUGGGCCGCAGGCUGCAUCUUUGCGGAGAUGCUCACAGGGAAAACCCUCUUUGCAGGAGCCCACGAAUUGGAGCAGAUGCAGCUCAUCCUGGAGUCCAUCCCCGUACUGCGCGAGGAAGACCGACAGGAGCUCCACAGCGUCAUCCCCGUCUUCAGCCGCAAGGACAUGUCCAAGCCUCACACACCGCUGGCCAAGCUGCUGCCUGACGUCAGUCCCCAGGCCCUGGAUUUCAUGGAAAAGAUCCUGACCUUUAACCCCAUGGAUCGUCUGACUGCGGAGGAAGCCUUGGCCCACCCCUAUAUGGCUGACUACUCCUUCCCCCUCGAUGAACCUGUCUCUCUGCACCCCUUCCACAUUGAGGACGAAGUAGAUGAUAUCGUGCUCAUGGACCAGAGCCACAGCCACACCUGGGACAGGUAUCAUGAGAGCCAACUGUCAGAGGCAGACUGGCACCUGCACAGCACCCACGACCCAGAUGAAGUUCAGGUUGACCCGAGGGCUCUCUCUGAUGUGACGGACGAGGAGGAGGUUCAGGUGGAUCCUCGUAAAUAUGCUGAUGGAGAUCGGGAGAAGUUCUUGGACGAGCCGUCCUUUGACUACUCCACCCUGUUCGAGCCAGAGCAAUCCUGGCAGGAAGACCACCAUGAAAACAAAUACUGUGACUUACAGUGUAGCCACACCUGUAACUACAAGGCCGUGUCUCCCUCCUACCUGGACAACCUCGUCUGGAGGGAGAGUGAAGUCAACCACUACUACGAACCCAAGCUCAUCAUCGACCUCUCCAACUGGAAGGAGCAGCAGAGCAAGGAGAAGGGCAAGGCCAAGAGCAAGUGCGAGAAGAACGGGCUGGUGAAGGCCCAGAUCGCCAUGCAGGGGGCCGAGAAGACCCAGAGCCCGGUGGAGAAGGACCGCGAGCAGGAGAAACACCUGACGGAGAAGCCCCAAGGCCAGCAGAGCCAAGGCUUUGACUUUGACUCCUUCAUCGCCAGCACCAUCAAACUCAGCCUGCAGCCCGAGCCCUGUCAGGAGGUGGUCCUCCUGCACGAGGUGGGCUUCCUCAACGAACUCAACUCUUCCGUUUCCCAGCUGGAAGCCGCCCGCUCAUGCUCGUUGUCCAUGUCCAAGUCCAUAAGUCAGGAGAAGGAGGAGAAGUGCCUGGUGAACCUCGCCCAGUUGGGCGGAGGCGGGUUGGGCUGCAGCGUCGGGGACGGGGCCUGGCCCGCUUGCCCCUGGGAGAGCUUCGGCUCCGGGGAGCGAGUCGGCGAGAACGGCUGCUUGAUCGACGAGGCAUGUUGGGACAUUCGCAAAGAGGACCAGCUCCAGAAGGAGAGCACGUACACCAGCUACCUGGACCACCUGUUCAGCAGGAAGGAAGAAGGCGCCGCAGACACCGUGGCCGGCGCCGAGACGGAGCCCUCGGAGGUGAGAGAGCUGGACGAGAGCUUCCUUGGCAGGACCUCAGAGAUUGUCCUUAACGUUCAGCUGGACUCUCUGGCCCUGCCCGUCUUUGACAGCACCGACGACUUGCCUCUGAAAUCCAUCCAGGCGUCUUUUCACCCCCUGCGCCGUCAAAUGCUCCCCGCAGGUUGCCCACAAAACGUGGGCAUCGUCAAGCAUCUUCAAGCAUCUUAAUUAAAGAAAUGUAUAUAUCCUCAGACACAGUGCAAAAUCGAGGCAGUUUCUUUUUUUUAUUUUUAAUUAUACGGUAUAUUAUUGAACUUGAAUCAUUUCAUACCUUUUUUUAUUAUGGUUUUCUAUUUUAUUUUUAAGAAUUGAGGGGGUUGAUUUAUUAUAUUUAAAGAGCUUUGGUCAUCACUCUGAGCCUUGGUCACCGGGCCUUCAUGGGUCAAUGUCCACGUCCUCAUUGCUUAACUGGCAUGUCACUUGCACACUUACGUACUGUAGAAGAACGGAAAGCAGAGGAGAAGGAACCAGAAUAAGGGUGGACGUUAGGAGAGGCGUUGUCAGGGUCUGACAGAAGGAAAGAGGCUCCACACUAACAUUGCCUUUCCUGGGGAGGGAUACAAACGAAGAAAAGGGGAUUGGAUGUGUUUUUGUUUUUACAUUUCUCAUUUGACUUUGAACUUUCUUUCUUUUUUGUUUCCCUGAAGAAAGCUUCCAAAAUAACCCUAUCAUACUGUAAAUCUGACACAUGAUGCCAGCAGCAACCAUUAUCGAAGGCGUUAAUGUAAAUGUGUUAUCUACCUCAAGGUAACAGCCGCGAGAGACACUCGAAGCCGCACUAGUGCUUUACACACAUGACCGCCGGGUCGCGUAGAUGAACUCUGUCUCACUUUAGCAUUUAACAUAGUCAGGUGUUUCAGUAAUCAUUAUUUAUUUCCAGCAGAUGUGCGAUAUUUAUUUUAUCAAAAUGUGUUCUUUCAAUGUGAUUAUUGAAGAUUGAGUUGGACAGACUUCCAUUUUCAUUUCGGCACUAUAUGGGCGUUUCAUCAAGUGUUCUUUUGUUCUACGGUAGGAUGCACAUUUCAUCGGUUAUGUUCUAAACGAAGUUGAGGCUUUCCAUUUUCCACCAAUAUUAUCCAGAUGGAUAUCAUUCUUUUUGUUCAUUUUUAUUUUUUAUUUAUAGGUGCGUUCUGUCUUCAACGGAAAAACUGCUUUAUGGUUUAAAGAAGCGCCUAAAAGUCUUAAUUUUUUAUCUUAAUGUUUAAAAAAAGAAGUGCGUGCAUGGAGGCAAGAGAAAGGUACAUUUAAAGUUAAUGGUGAGUAUAAAGUAUGUCAGUUUUAAUUGUACUUUUUUUUUGUUCUAUUUCUAUGUACUUUUCCAGGCAGGCAUGAUAAAUUAGGUUUACGGUGUAGCAUGUAGAACACUUACGGACUUCUUUUGUAAUCAUUGGUUCCCCUGUUCUACAAAAUAUCUCAAAAUAAAAUGACUGGCAAAGAGA